AUGGUUGGUAUGAAGCUUUUUUCCACGGGUGUGGCCCUCCUGUCCACUUUUAUGUCCACUGCUCUUGCUGUCGAUGCGGAUCUCAAGUCAAAUGUCGCUGUCUACUAUGGUCAAGGUGCGAACCAACUUCGCUUGAGCCACUUUUGUCAGGAGACCUCGUUGGAUAUCAUCAACUUGGGCUUCAUUAAUGUCUUCCCCCAGGAAGUCGGUGACUGGCCUGGUUCCAACUUUGGCAACCAGUGUGAUGGAACAUACUAUGAUGGCACUUAUCUCCUUGCGGGAUGCCAUCAGAUCUGGGAAGACAUUCCUGUUUGUAAGGCUAUGGGCAAAACUGUUCUGCUUUCUCUCGGUGGUGACUCAGCCGAUCCUGGUGUCAUGAGCCACGAGGUUGCAGAGUGGUUUGCUGAUUUCCUGUGGUACUCUUUUGGCCCUUACAAUGCUAGCGCUGUCGAGGAAGGUUUCCCUCGCCCAUUCCAAAAUAACUCUGUUGAUGGUUUUGAUUUUGAUAUCGAGUCUGAUGGUGGUCAUGGAUACGGCUCCAUGAUCGACCGCCUUCGUGAUCACUAUACCAACUAUCCCGAGCAUAAGUUCUACAUUUCAGGUGCCCCUCAGUGCGCUAUUCCAGACCUGCAGCUCAGUUACGCAAUUCAGACCUCCCACUUUGACUUCAUUUGGGUUCAGUUUUACAAUACUUUCGCAUGCUCUGCCCGUGCUUUUGCGGAUGGCUUGACAACUUUCAAUUUUGCUUCCUGGGUUGAUGUUAUUCAGGCCAGCGCAAACCCCGAUGCCAAACUCUUCAUUGGACUGCCAGCGGACGAGGCGGCUGCGGCCAGUGGGUACUAUCUCGAUGAGACUGAAGUCUGGCCUCUGGUUUCCGAGUACAUCGAAAGCUAUCCAGAUACUUUCGGCGGUAUUAUGCUGUGGGAAGCCACAGCCUCGGAGAACAAUACUGAUGCCAGGGGACUGACCUAUGCUGAGCAGAUGAAGGAGAUUCUGUACUUUUUUGCUCCUCCUCCUCCCCGCCCUACACCCACACCCACAUUGACUAUCACUCGUACCGUGAUCCCAAUCCCAGCUCAGACUUCCUCGUCGGUUCCUUCUAGUAGCUUGGUUGCCAGUGUCUCGUCAGUGCCAACUCCAGAGCACUCAACUACACCUGCUAGUGCCAGUGGCAAUCCUCAUUCCAGUUCUGCUACUCCUUCUGGUUCCGUGCCUCCUUCUAGCUCAGCCACUCACUCCACCAUUCCAUCUGGUGCAGUGACACACUCUAGCCCUGCUACUCCCUCCGGAUCUGCUACUCCCUCCGGAUCUGCUACUCCCUCUGGAUCUGCUACUCCAUCCGGAUCUCUGUCUUCUUCGAGCUCGAUCCACCACUCUAGCUCUGUUAUCCCCUCGGCUUCUGCCACCUCAUCCGGAUACCCUGCUGCUUCUGGCUCUGCCGCUCGUUCUGGACACCCAAGCUCGUCCGUCGAGUCGUCGAGUUCCAAAAUUGCAACUGGCUCUCAAUCCAUUCCUUUGGUUUCUACUGGCAAGCCCCAUUGGUCAUCUGUGCAUUCUUCAUCUGUGACGCCUGUUGGCCACUCCACUUUGCCUACUUCCGGCACUUCGCAGGGAUUGACCGAGUCUUCUACCCGGACGCUCACUCACACUCGCACUCCGGUGCCCUCGCGCACUCCCAUCACCCGCACCACAAAGUCAAAUUCCACAGAUGUGCCAAGCUCUAGCUUGUAUUCUUCUACGCCAGUUGCUUCCCCAAGCUCUUCCAAUGUCGUUGCAACCAGUAGUGAUGUUUCCGCUGCUACAUCUUCUGGUGCAAGCUGGAGCUCUACUUUCACUUCCAGUGAGUUGACUUUCAGCACUGGUGCCACCGGGUCCAGCUCCAGUUCUACCGAGACUGGUGGAGUGCAGCCAAGUGGAGGUGAGGGUGCUUCCCAGACAGCUACCAUCACUGCCUCUCCUUCGGUCACCUCAGCUCCCACCUCGUCCUCAGCGGAAACUAUCACAACUGUGAUUGUCACUUCGUACACUGAUAUUUGUCCUACUGGCUUUACCACCAUCUGGACCACUUACACUACUUACGUCUGCCCUGAAGCCACCGCUACUGGUAGUGUGACCAACCCCUCAUCCGGGGCUAGCCCUACCACCGCUACUGUUCCUGAGGGAUGGACCACCAGUGUGACUGUCUGCACUCAGUGUGCCGCCACUCCAACCACUGUGACUCUUACCGUUCCCAUCACUUCUUCAUCGGCGGAGGCAACCACUGUCGCUCAGUCGACAGAGACAGAGACGUGGACUACUACCGUCUCUUUCUGUGAGAGCUGCGGACCAACUGGCUCUAGUGUCACUCUGACUGUGCCUUACACAGUUCCAGCUUCUCUGGAGACAGCCACUUCCACCGGAUCACCUGGCGGCUCUGCUGGACAAGGCAAGGGACCCGGCUCUGGUGCCUCUAAGACCCCUAUCAACUGGUCUUCUAGUGUCAUCCCCGGUCGCCCGACCUCGACUGCGCUGAUUCCCGGAGUUGGUGCCAUUAAUACAUCCAGCCAUGCCCCAUCCUUCGUGUUUCACUCUUCAACUACGAGCACUAUUGGUGGCGGCUCUGGAGCCCCUACCUCCACACCUGGAGGUACCGCUGCUACUACCGCACCAGCCUACAACGCUGCUGGCUCUCGCUCAGAUAUGAUUAAUUUCUUCAGUGUCGCAUUCGCUGUUGUUCUAUCUGCUCUGCUGAUGUGA